AUGUCAUCAGAUAAUCAAGGAAGGGUUCUGGAGCUGAAAAUUAGGCCCUAUCCGGCACAAUCGCAAGAAAGACCCGAUUUUAGAGGCGUAGCGCGUGUACUCGUCUGCACAACUGUUCUACUAGAUCUUCAAGUUCAACCUGGACAGACUUGCUUUUUGUGGAAGAAAUCUGAAGGGGAAGAGACUAGAAGAGAAGCGAUUGUUUGGCCGACCUCUGAGAGGAAUUUAAGUCGAAAUGUCGUGCAAGUCAGCAAGGCAUUUCAAGAGGCAUGCGGCUUCAAAUUGAGUGACGAGAUGUUGGUUGCUGGAGGAGGAGAGUUGGACGUUGCAAAGGAGAUUCUGGUCGAGGAUGUUGGCAUGACCGAAGGGGGUUUGCCGGAGUUGAAGGGAGAAGCCAAGAUUUGUUGGAGGUUUGUUUUGAAAGAUCUUUUGGCUCGCGCUGAAGUGAUUUACCCUGGCAUGACAUUCAGAGAUGUGUUGCUCACAAGAGAAAAGCGAACCUUUACAGUUCUUUCUAUCGAUGGCUCGAAAUCUGGUGUUGCUAGUUAUCAUGAUGAAGUAUCAUCUCCGAAUAUUGCAACGAUUGCAGAACUCGGUAGAGCCAAAGUAUCGACUGCAAGUAAUGUUGAGCAUAAGCCUCUUCGCGUCGUUGAUAUUGCCGGCAUCGAUCAGGCUCUUGAAAAAUUGAACGAUUUCCUGAACGAUUUCAAUCGUGAAUUUGACUUCAAAGCUUGUAGAUCACCUGCAGUUCUUCUACAUGGUGGAAGCGGAACGGGCAAGACGUUCGUACUGAAGAAGAUUGCCGAUACAAAAUGGGGAAAAGUUCGCAAAAUCGAUAUUAGAACCAAACCUUCGGAAGUUCCAAAGAUUUUCAAAGAUUCAAAGAUCAACCAGCCAAGUAUUAUAGUCAUAGAUGAUCUUGAAUCUGUGGUUGUAAAGGGUGAUGAACCAUUGCGAGAAAUUACAAAAGCUAUUUGUGAGGGAUUGGAAGAUCUUCUUGAAGAUCACCCUCCAAAUUCUUUACCACGAGUUCUGGUGGCAGCGGCGACAUCUGAUAUUCUUAAAAUACCGGCUUCAUUACUAAAGCGAGGUAUGUUUACCACAGCUAUUGCUCUACCGAUCCCAGAUACAGCUGCCAGGAAAGCUAUCCUCAAGUAUAUGGAGCCGCAAAUGCGCCCUGAGACCCGUGAUGAGAUUCUCAAUGGUGUUGGAGAACGAACACAUGCAUAUACCCCGGAAGAUCUCGCCCGUUUAGUAGAUAGAGCAGCCAUGCUUGCACAAAAGAGGAAGGAUGUCAAAGGGAACUCGACUGAGCAAAAGUUUGUCAUUAAGGAGGAUAUCGAGCAUGCACUCCUGGAGAUAAGGCCAAGUGCAAUGCAUGAUAUUACUUUGCGACCACCCCGGGUUUUGUGGAGUGACAUCGGAGGACAAGAUAAUGUCAAAGAAUCCAUACAGCUCGCCAUCGAGACACCUUUACGCGACCAAGAAAGCAUGCAAGAGUUCGGCCGUUCCCCAACCAAAGGUAUCCUUCUCUACGGGCCCCCUGGAUGUGCUAAAACACUCAUCGCCCAAGCCAUUGCCACCGAAAUGGACCUCAACUUCUUUGCUGUCAAAGGCGCCGAACUCCUCUCCAAAUACGUCGGUGACUCCGAACGAGCUGUUCGAAAUAUAUUUGCCCGUGCACGCGCCGCAGCUCCAAGUAUCAUCUUCUUUGAUGAAUUCGAAUCGAUUGGUGGGACAAGAGAUGGUAGAAGUUCGAAUAAUGGGAUUAAUGUUGUUACCACUCUACUCAACGAAAUGGAUGGAUUUGAGAGUCUAAGGGGCGUUACUGUACUCGCAGCAACCAACAAACCACAAGAUCUCGACUUGGCACUUCUUCGUCCAGGUCGAUUCGACGAACUCAUAUACAUCGGAUUACCAGAUCUCGCUGGUCGCGAAGCGAUCCUACGUCAUCGACAGACCGAAUUCACAAUGGACAAAGAUGUAGAUAUAGCCGAGCUGGCUCUUCUCACAGAAGGAUAUUCUGGCGCGGAAAUGGUCAGUAUAUGCGAGAGGGGAUUUGAUGCAGCGAUGGAGAGACGUAGAAAGAACGGGACGAAGGAACCGGCGGUGAUGGAUGACUUUCUUGUGGCGAUUAGCAUGGUUAAAAUGCAGACAACAAGGAAGGUGGUGCAAGAAUUUGAGGGUUGGAGAUCGGUGACUGGUAUUCCAAUUAGAGGUCCGAAGGUCGAGGUGGUUUAG